AUCCCGAAGAACAUAAGUAUCCAAAUAAAAAGCUUAAAAGUUCAGAUAAAAGUGAUAUACAGAAUGAGACUAUAACUGAGGCUGAAAAAGUCCUUCAAGCGUUUGAUUUGAAUUAUAAAUAUGGACCGUGCGUUGGGUUAAAAAGGUUAGAUCGUUGGGAAAGAGCAAGGAAAUUUGGGUUGAAUCCACCAACCGAGGUUAAGGAAUUGUUGUUGACAACCGUUGGACUUGAAGAAAGCAUAUUUCAUGGAAGAGUCUAA